AUGGCAUUAGCCCUUCAAAGACGAGCCAAUGUUCGAUUGCCACCAGAAGUAAACAGAAUCUUGUAUGUAAGAAAUUUACCAUACAAAAUAUCUGCUGAGGAAAUGUAUGAUAUAUUUGGGAAAUAUGGUGCCAUAAGACAGAUUCGAGUAGGCAACACCCCGGAGACGAGAGGAACGGCAUUUAUAGUAUAUGAAGACAUAUUUGAUGCAAAAAAUGCUUGUGAUCAUCUAUCAGGAUUCAAUGUUUGUAAUAGGUAUUUAGUAGUGCUAUAUUACAGAUCCAAUAAAGCAUUCAAAGGUAUGGAUAUUGAGAAGAAACAGGAAGAGAUUGAUGCAUUAAAAAAGAAAUAUGGUAUAUCCAGUGAAGAUCUCCGUAAAUAA